AGCCACUCCCACUGCGCGCCUGCAGAAAGCGAAAGCGAGCAAUACCAAGCAAAAGCGAAAGGGCAGCAGCCAGGGAGCCAUGGGCUGCGGAACGUGGCUGGCGGCCGGCUGCCUCCUGAGCGCCGUAAUCACAAGGCCGAUGAACAGCAUUGUUUCUGCAGAGCCAGGGCUCAGGAGGAACCUACAACUUCCCUGCGUGUUUGAAAUGAGAAAAACCAUUCCCCUGUCCAAUGAAACAGAGACUGUGCUGCUGAACGUCAGGCUGCUGCUGCCUGUAGCUGGAACAGAAGUUGCCCAAAGGCCUCAGACAGAAAGGCUUCCUGCAGACAACCUGCCCUCAUUCAUUUUACAAGAGCCCUCAGUGAAUAUUCUGCAGCACAUGGAUGAGGAUAUCAACAUGCUUGACUGCAGGAUCAGCCCUUACUUCACAGCCAACACUCAGAUCCUCUGGCCUGGGAGGGAGGUCCAAGCCCAUGGCCUGGACACCUGGUUCACUUGUACCAUAAAGCACACAGCUGGGAAAUAUGCAGCCACAGCCUUCCUUGUGCAAGGCCACAAGGACAGAGAGCACCAAACUCCAGGACAGCUUCAUCAGGACAUUGCUGAGCAAACACAUAUGUCAGCGGUGCUGGCGGUGCGCACGCGGCUGCCCCACGUCCGUACGGCGCUGGGGACGGACGUGGUGUUGGACUGCUCCUUCUCCACCGAGCAGCGGGUGGCCGUGGCAGUGCGGUGGGCGCUGCGGCAGAAGGGGCGGCAGGAGAGGAGCAUCACCACCUCCGGCGGCGGCCGCGCGGAGAUGUUCCCGCAGGAGCCCCGCGGUAACGCAUCCCUGCUGCUCCGGCGCGUGGAGCUCGGAGACGAGGGGACAUACAUCUGCACGGUGCAGGCGGCAGCCCUUGCGCUGGAGCAGACGGUCCAGCUGCAGAUAACGGAAAAGCCCACAGUGACUGUCAACGUGAACUCCCUGUCCCUGGUGGAGGGGGAGCAGCAGAAGUUGGUCUGUGACAUCCGCAACUACUACCCUGCGGACAUCCACGUGCAGUGGCUCCGUGAGCCGCGGGGUGGUGGGCAGCUCCCUGACGCCGUGCCCAACGUCCUCACCAGCAGCCACCGGCGCAGCAGCAAUGGCACCUACAGCUUCUCCAGGUUCUUCCUGCUGACAGCAACUCUGCGUGAUGACGGCUGCACCUACACGUGCCGUGUGGAGCACCCCAGCCUGCAGGCAUCCAUCCGGAGGAGCGUCACUGUGGCAGUGAGAGCUGCAGAAGCAAACUCCAUCACCUGGCUGCUGCUGCUGCUGCUUGGCCUCGUGGGGUGCCUUGUGGCCUCACUCCACCACCUCCACAAAGCAAGGAGCACAACUAAGCCCAAACCUUACUAGGCACAGUGCCCCACUGCCUGGUGAGGAGCAGCCACGGCCCAAUGAACUUCAGAUACAAUCAACACUGCUGAGUGUUCCAGGAGGCUGGGGCAAGCUGAAGGCAACAGCUGUUGCUGAAUACCAGUGUGGAUGAAACAAUUCUCCCAGUGGCAAAGGGGGGAGCUGCAAGAAUAACUUUUGUAAUAAAGGUUGAUUUAGAGAACACAAA